CUCUCUCCCUCCCUCCCGGCCGCGGAGCAGCAUGGCGGAGCCCGGGCAGCGGCCGCGCGGCCGCCCGCCGCCCCUCUGAGCCGGGCUUGGGGGCAGCCGGUCGCCCUAGAGCCGCCCCCCACCCCUGCCGCGCCCUCCGCCGCACUUGUCCCACUGCGCGCUUCCUGGAGCGCCGCGCACCCCUGGGACCCUUGCGUGCCCCGGGUGCCCAGCAUAACCCCGGGACCCUAGCGCACUCCGGGUUCUCGGUUCUGCCCCAGGAACCCCGCGCGCCCCUGGACCCCGACGCAGCUCCGGGACCCCGCGCGCCCCCGGACCCCAACACGCCCUCAGCACCCAGGGGCUCGGCCAGCGAGGUUGAGCGCCCGAGGGAGGGGCCCAGCCCUAGAGGGUCCCCCCUCUUCCAACAGACGGAGCCCCGCCCCAGAGAAACCCCCAGGUCCGACAGGGACGGUCAGCCACGCCCCAGAGGGCGCCCAGCAUCCUGCGGCUGGAGCCCCGUGCUCCAGAGGAAACUCCGUGCCCAACUGGGGGCUCUCCGCCCCGCUGAGGGGCGCCGCCCAGGAGGGUCCCCCGCGCCCUGCGGGCCCCGGCAGGAUGCACGCCGCCCUGGCGGGGCCGCUGCUCGCCGCCCUCCUCGCCACCGCUCGCGCCCGCCCGCAGCCCCCGGACGGAGGACAGUGCCGGCCGCCCGGAUCGCAGAGGGACUUGAACUCCUUCCUGUGGACGAUUCGGCGUGAUCCUCCGGCCUACCUGUUUGGCACUAUCCACGUCCCCUACACCCGCGUCUGGGACUUCAUCCCGGACAACUCCAAGGCAGCCUUUCAGGCUAGCGCCCAUGUCUACUUUGAGCUGGACCUGACAGACCCCUACACCAUCUCGGCCCUGGCCAGCUGCCAGCUGCUGCCGCACGGGGAAAACCUGCAGGACGUGCUGCCCCACGAGCUUUACUGGCGCUUGAAGCGCCACCUGGACUACGUGAAGUUGAUGAUGCCCUCCUGGAUGACGCCUGCUCAGCGGGGCAAGGGGCUCUAUGCUGACUACCUAUUCAAUGCCAUCGCGGGCAACUGGGAGCGCAAGAGGCCCGUCUGGGUGAUGCUCAUGGUGAACUCGCUCACAGAGAGGGAUGUGCGCUUCCGCGGCGUGCCCGUGCUCGACCUCUACCUGGCCCAGCAGGCUGAGAAGAUGAAGAAGAUCACAGGGGCUGUGGAGCAGGUGGAAGAGCAGUGCCAUCCCCUCAACAAUGGGCUCAACUUCUCCCAGGUGCUGUUUGCCCUGAACCAAACCCUGCUGCAGCAGGAGAGUGUGCGGGCCGGGAGCCUGCAAGCCUCCUACACCACGGAGGACCUCAUCAAGCACUACAACUGCGGAGACCUCAGCACAGUCAUCUUCAACCAUGACACAUCCCAGCUGCCCAACUUUAUCAACACCACCCUCCCGCCACACGAGCAGGUGACGGCCCAGGAGAUUGACAGCUACUUCCGCCAGGAGCUCAUCUACAAGAGGAAUGAGCGCAUGGGGAAGAGGGUCAUGGCGCUUCUACGGGAGAACGAGGACAAGAUCUGCUUCUUUGCCUUCGGAGCAGGUCACUUUCUGGGGAACAACACAGUCAUCGACAUCCUGCGGCAGGCAGGGCUGGAGGUGGACCACACACCUGCCGGGCAGGCCAUACACAGCCCUGCCCCCCAGAGCCCAGCGCCCUCUCCUGAGGGGACCUCGACGAGCCCGGCCCCAGUGACCCCAGCUGCCGCUGUCCCCGAAGCACCCUCCGUGACCCCCACCGCCCCACCUGAGGAUGAGGAUCCAGCCCUGUCGCCACACCUCCUGCUCCCCGACAGCCUCAGCCAGCUGGAGGAGUUUGGCCGGCAGAGGAAGUGGCACAAGAGGCAGAGCACACAUCAGCGGCCACGGCAGUUCAAUGACCUCUGGGUCCGCAUCGAGGACAGCACCACCGCCUCGCCGCCCCCGCUGCCCCUGCAGCCCACCCACAGCUCGGGGACCGCCAAGCCCCUCUUCCAGCUCUCAGACCAGCUACAACAGCAGGACCCACCAGGGCCCGCCAGCAGCUCGGCACCCACCCUGGGCCUCCUCCCCGCCGUCGCCACCACCAUCGCUGUCUGCUUCCUGCUGCAUACCCUUGGGCCCUCCUGACCUCGGCCACCCCAAGUGGAGAAGCCAGAGAAAUGACACAGGGGUCUUCGGCCACACCCCACUGCUCCUGCCACCACCUCCAGGGGUGCCCAACACAUCGAGGGCAGUCCAGAUGGGAUUGGCUAGACACUCUAGAGCUUUACUCUACCCAAGUUACAUCUUCUUUUUUGUAGAAGGAUCUUAAUUUCCCAUAGUGCUAUGGGGCUCUUUUGUAAAAUACAUGUCCAUAUUAAAAGAGAAAAAUGUAUUUAUUCUACCGAUAAAACUAUUUUUAUGUGGCCUAUGUUAUAACCCCCUAGCCCUAGUGCUGGCCCGGGAGGGGAACCCGGGACAUCAGUGACCUCCUGUGGACUGUGGCUCUGGACUGGCUUGCUCUUGGAUCACCGAAGCCUCCUGGGUCUGGGUUUGGCUUCUCUGACUGUGGGGCCCUCAGCAGGAGGGGCAGGCAGACAGGCUUAGCCUUUGUGAAGCUGGAUUUGGGAGCCAGAGGUGUGAACGCUGGCCAUCCUCCCCUCCGCUGGAUGCACCUGCGGCCUGGGAAGACAAUUUAGGAAAGAGAAUGCUGCUAUUUUGAAACCCCUGAGUGUCUAUGAACUGGCCCUCCAGAGCUCUUGGUAAGUGUUUUCAACCAAAGUGCUGGGAUGGGGUGGGAGGUGGGAUACUGGUGCUGAGAAAAGCAGUCCCCACCCCACAGAACAGAUGAAUAAACUGAGAUCCAGAGAGAACCAGGUGGGUAGCCCAAGGUCACAUGGCAAGUGGGAGAGCAAGGACAUAAAUCCAGACCUCUCUGUUCUGGUGUCAUGAAUCCAGCUUGGGUUAAAGGAGAGGCUGUUGAAGUCCUGGCUAAAUGGAUUGAGCUGGGCCGAGGGACUGCAGUGGGCACAGGAGGGCAGUUUUAGAGACAGGGGCUUAGGCCUCACAUGAUGUUAAUAGUAAUGAGAGCUGCCAUUUGUCCAAAGCCUGCAGCGUGGCAAGCACUUUGCACACUUGCUUCACUGAUCCUUGCGCUAGUUCUGUGAGAUGUGACUAUCCCCAUUUCACAGAUGAGGAAACUGAGCCCCCCAAAGAGGUGAAGGGACUUGCUGAAGAUCCCCCAGCCAGGAUGUGGCCCCAGAUCAGUGUGAUGCAAAACAAUUCCUGCCUCCUGCUCCCUGUUCUGCCGCGUUCUCUCUGCCAGGGAAGCUCCAAGGGAGGCAGAUCUCACCCAAACUGGGGCCAGCACAAGCUUUCAGUCCACCAAGUAACCUUUUGGCCGGCUGGUUAUGUUGACCCCUCUGGCCAAAGGGCUCUGGCAACUGCAUGUGCCACGUGUCGCAUAUCCUGACUUGCCAGAUCUUGGAGCCCAUGAGAAGCUUUCCUGCCAAAUCAAAGGCUGAGAGGUGGGCACAGCUGUGGGGCACCUGGGGAGGCACAGCAGCCAAGUGGGGAGGCAGGUGACAGGGACUCUGAGAGACUUUAGCCCCUUGGCUCCUCAAGGUGGUGGUUGAGGAGACAGAGGACCCAGGUGGGCUAACUCCCAGGCUGAAACCCCACGGGGCAGGUGCCUCAGUAAUUACAGAGUUCUGGAACCUGACAGCAGAAAGGACCCUUCACUUGAUGGAUAAUAGUAACAGUAGGAGGAAUAAUAAGGCCCACAGAGAGGAGAUACUUCUCCAAGACUGCACAGCCGGGUGGGCCUGCUGACUCCCAGCCCAGUACACCCCAACUUUACAGCUUCGUGGGUUUCCCUGGCAGGCUUGAUGGCAGCUAAUUGGCCCCAGUGCCAUCUUGCCCAGCUUGGCAGCUCUCUCCCUUCUGAGAUGGCAAGUUCUGGGCAGCUCAUGGGAUGGUCAGGAGUCCCACGGGCAUCUUGGCAGGCAGCUGAAUUCUUUACAGCUCAGCCCUGAUGGACGUGUUUGAGCUUGAGACCUGGCAGGAGACUGGAGCUCUGCCUUAGAGGGCCCAGCCAGCCCCGUGGGCACCAUGCUCUAAACUGAACUUGACCUCAGUCCAGGCUGGAGUUGGUUUAUCCUUGGCAAAAAUGUGACUUCCUAUUUCUGAGCGGGAAGGGGCUUAGCUGACUUAUAAAGCAGGCUCAGAAGUUGGACAUCAAACGGAUCGUGCAGAGCACUAUUUGGAUGAGAUAAGUGUAAAGGAAUUAGAAGCACACAGGCCAGAUUCCUCUCUGUUUGGGGCAGAGUAUGGCAUGAGAUGUAUUGAGAUGGAGCUUGAGGUUAAUUAAAGAUGAAGCAUUUGGGUAAACAGUCCAGACACCUGACCAUGUGCCCAGAUCUGUGCCAGGCACUGAGCCAAGAAGGUAAAUUAAUGCAGCGUGUAAUUAUUGAGUACACGCAAUGCCAGACUCUGUAGUGGAGCUGAAUCUAACCACUCUCCUUGGCCCAGAGGAACUCAUUAUCAAGAUGGGACAAGCAGCACAAUGCUAGGUUAUGUCGUCCUGGCCCCUAACUUCAGGAAGAUUCAGCCCUAGUCUUUCCCAGAUCCCUCCUCUGGGCAUAUUAGGGGAUCCUAAACUCUUCCUUACCCUAAUUCAAGUGUUUAAAGAAAGAUGGCUGGACUAACUGAUGGAGUAGACAUGUACCUACAGGAGAGCAAGAGCCAAUGUGGUCAGACAUCUGGUGCCAAAGUUUGCUGAUCCCUGAGGACCACCAGCUGGCCAGGGUCUGAAAUGAACUCAACUUGCUGACUUAUGACCCAAAAGACUUGAGGCACAUAUGCAGGAAUCUGCAUGGCUGGGGCACUUGAAGUCUCUCAUCCUGAGCCAGAGAACCACCAUUCCAUAAGCAGCCACCCACACCUUUGACACGAUCUAUCCACCACUUACUGACAUUUCUUCCACAAAUGUUCUUUGUGCCUAGCCUCAUAAAAUGCUCCUGUUCCUCUGAGAUAUUUGUGUGCACUUCUUAGACUUUUCUGUUGACUGUGAGGCAGGCAGGAAAGAUGAAAGGCCUGAGACCCAGCAGGUGAAGUGAUCUGCUUAAGGUCGGGCAGCAUGUUAGUGUGGCCCUGGGUCCUCUACCUCUCACGAAAGCUGACUGUGUGAUGAAGGGCUCUCUGGGGCAUGUCAGAAUGGCCAUGUCUCCAGGUCUUCCUCCAGUGGUGGGUCUGAUGCACUAGUAGCCAGAUGAAGACAGGGAGAGCCCUGUCAUCCACAGUGGAGGGAGAAGAAUCAGGCUGCCAGGGAGCUGCAAAGGGCUGCUGAGGGCGCCUCCAGCCCUGAGAGUCAAAGAUCUGGGAUCUAGGAAGCAUGGAACCUUGUGCUGGCUAUGAACAAAUUUGUCCUUGCAUUGAAAGACCCUAAGCAUAUUUUCUUUGUGCUAAAUACUGUGUUAUCUACAACUUCCUGGCCUCGGCUAGACCUGGGCAAGCCUAGGUGCUCAGGCCCCUUGUCCCACUUGCCUAAUCUCCAGCCCAGGGCUAUUGUCACAGUGGAUCCCAAAUAGGAGGGAAAGUCCUUCUACCAAAAGGAAAGUCUAUUGAAAAUGCUGUGAAGGACAAGAGAAGUUCUCCAGGGAAUUGCAGCUUUGAUGGCAUCCUGUGUGGCAGACAGCAGAAUUGGGGCUGGUGAUAGUUUUUCAGUGACUGUGAGAUAAGAACCAAAGUCCUCAGCCUCACCCAUGAAGGGUCCUCUAGACCCUUCAUGACCCAACCCUGCUGACCAGCCACGUCUCUUAUGUCUCUUACCCUGUGCCUGGCCAGCGUGAUGUGCGGUCAUCUCUAGAAUAGACAGGAUGUUUCACACAUGCUGCUCCCUACCCCUGGAAACUCCCUUCUCUCCCCUGUAACUGCUCAUCCAUUGAGGAUCAACACAGAUAGCACCUCCUCCAGGAAGCCCCCUCUCAUUCCUUUGUGCUUGCUUAGCAUCUAUCACAAUACCCACUGCCCAGUGUUGUGACUGUCUAGUUGUGUAUCUGCUCCUCUCUUGGACUGUGAGCAGCUUAAUGUCAGGGGUCAUGUAAAUUUGUUUUUGUAUCCUCAUCUGACACAAAGGUGGUGCUCAACAGAUGUGUAGAGAGAGAAAGAGGAAGAGAAGGAAGCAGAAAGAAGGGAAGGAAGAAAGGAAUGAAGGCAGAAAAGAAGGACAGAGGCAGACCUUAGUUCCGCCAGUGGAAUAAUUUCCACCAAGCCAAAGCUGUCUGGGGAUGGCCCGGAGCCCCCGAGGGUGGCAAGUUUCCCAUCAGGAGAGGUGUUUGAGCAGGGGCAGUGUGCCUACUGGCUGAAGAAGUGGUAGGAGAGUUGACAUCUUGGCAAGGGCCUGGUGUAGAUGACAUUGAGGGUCCCUCCUGGCUCUGCAAUGAUCAGGUUCUGUGAACAUUGUUAUUUUUCCAGAAAUUCAUCUGAGCAGCCAAAAAAAAUCACCCCGCUGGCUGUCUAAACCAGUAAGGUUCGGGAAUAAGUCCAGCCUCCCCACUCUACCCACAACCACCACCACCCCUCACAGCGCCCCCUUCAACGACCCAGCUGGGCUUGCCUGCUGCCCUUGGGUGGGGGAACUUCUGAAAGGUGGAGGAGGAGUGAACUGGAACCCAGGCCCGCAGCCCAGCCCAGAGCUCCUUCCCGCUCUGCCCCACUCCCUGACCCCAGGGGAGGAAAGAAAGGGUUCACGAGAACUGAUUGACCCCCUACUUGGCUCUUUCCAGGGAGCAUCGGCUAUCCUCACCCUUUCUCCAGGUAGGAGCUGGGCUCUUCCUUUCCGGAGAUACUCUGGAUACUCCUUCACUUUGCUGGAUGACCUUGGGCAAGUUCCUGUCCCUCUCUGAGCCUUCACUUCCUCAUCUGUCAAAUGAAGACUUUGUUUCCUGCCUGGGCGGUUCUAGGGCUGGAGGGCAGGGGUGACAUGGACAAUCUUGGGCCUCCAUGGAGAUGAGGUGCUUGGCUUUCUUCCCAGGACCCACAGGCUGCCAUGGGAUUGAAAGCAUGUGGAGGUGGGAAAGGUGACAGAGUGGCAUGCCUCGAAGGCCCCCUUCAUCCCAGUCCUGCUGUGGGGAAAGUGGGCUUUGAACAGGAUCCAAGUCUAAGAUGUUUCCGGUGAGCUGCCAGGGACAAAGGGCUCUCAAACAUCUUGGGUCCCCAGUGGCUGGGGUGGGCAGGGGCUGAUUCAGCCAAAGGAGGCUCUAGCCCAGAACAGAGGAAGCCGGAGCCCCUGCGCCAUUCCUGAGCCUCACAGAGCUUGUCCCCAAGUUGAUUCACUGUGCAACACAGGCUUCAGAUUCAUGUAUUUGAAAGGUAUUCAUGAUGUUGUUCUCUUAUCACCUCUGCCCCUCACCUCUGUGAAUUAUCAUGAAGAGUCCUUUAAGAGUAUAAUAGAAGACAAAGAAAGAUGCUAUUAAUGUUAUUUUGCCAAAAAUAUUUUUGUAGCAUAAUAUAUUAAUAAAAGAUAUUAUGAAUCCAA